AGAACACCUCCUCUUCGAAUUCCUAUGCUAGCGAACACCAUGUCGAAGCUAUUCCAGCCUAUACAGCUGGGGAAUAUGAAGCUGCAGCAUCGCAUCGUAUUGGCUCCACUCACUCGCUUCAGAAAUACGGCCCAGGGCGUACCUCUCGAUAUCUCGACCGAAUACUAUACGCAACGAGCUUCAACUCCAGGCACGUUCCUAAUCUCCGAAGGAACUUGGAUCGCACCAAGAGCGGGUGGUUGGGAACACGUCCCUGGAAUAACGACGAACGAGCAAAUCAAUGCAUGGAAAAAGAUAGUUGAUUCCGUCCACGCAAAAGGCAGUUUCAUCUACCUUCAGCUUGGAACUGCAGGAGCCUACGCUUUCCCAGAUAUCAUUACAGCCCAAGGCUUCCCAUUCGUAAGCUCUGGGUCGAUCCCGCUACCGAACCGUGAAGGCCCUUCUCCACGCCCACUCACGAUCCCGGAGAUUCAAGAGUAUUUCGAACUUUACGCCACGGCCGCAAGGACCGCGGUCGAAGUCGCUGGAUUCGAUGGUGUGGAGAUACAUGGAGCUGUCGGAUUGAUCGACCAAUUCUUGAAAAGCGAUAUGAAUAACAGGACGGACGAGUAUGGUGGCGACGUCGAGGGUCGGUGCAAGUUUGCGUUGGAGGUCGUCGACGCGAUAGCCAAAACUGUCGGUCCAAGAAAGGUCGGAUUGAGGAUCGCUCCUUGGAUGAGCCACUAUGGCAUUCCAUCUUCUGACGUUGUCUCGACCUUCGAACAUCUCGUCACUUCUGUGAAGGAGAAAUACCCGGACCUUGCUUACCUUCACGUUAUCGAGCCCAGAGUCCAACCCUCCGCUGGAGAGAUUGUGAUUAAGCCAACCAUAGAGAGCAACGACUUCGUUAGAGACAUCUGGGGAGCGGAAUCGUACAUUGCCGCUGGCGGAUUUAACCGUGAAGAGGCUAUCGAGACUGCCGACAAGAAGGGAGGACUCGUCGCCUUAGGUCGCUUUUUCAUUGCCAACCCCGAUCUCCCUCGUAGGUUCCGGGAAAAUCUUCCAUUGAACAAAUACGACCGUUCGACCUUCUACGUUCCCGGCGAAAGUCCAGCGGGCUACAUUGAUUACCCAUUUUAUGAGCAGAACGAAGGGAUUUCCGCCUGAGUGGGUUUAUCUGAACGAGCAUUUCCCAGAGUGUAAUAUGACUAUAUAGACCUAUGCUGCCCUCAAACUGCCAGUGGUCGAUUGAAA